GAGCACCCGGAGCACAGAGAGGUCAGGGCGCAACCUUCGAUAAGGGGCAAGAGGAAACCUCUUGAAACUUUUAGAUGAUAGAGAGUGCCUAGAGAAGAUUACCGGCUUUCCCAGGUCAUGGUGGGAUUUUUCGCGGGAUGAGAGGAGCCACCAGGGGCCGUGCGCACUGGGGAUAUCCAGGGCGCCGUUAGUGCGCAUCCACCGGGAGAGCGGUGGGUGGCAGGCUGACUAGCUCACGGUAGGGUCGGUCCCCUCCUGAUGACAAAGCGGGUGACCCCACCGAUGAACAAACCGGGACGAGGUUUCGCCCUAGAGCCAAGAUGAUCUUGGCAUUUUUCCCUUUGAAGAAACUGCGGCGCAAUGGCAAAUAUCUGCUGUUCGGGGCGAUUCUGCUGGUCGGAGCAGUCGCUGUCUACCAUGAGAUGGUAGCUGCAAAAGCAUGGAGUAGUGAUGCAAGUAUGAAUCCUUAUGCUGACAGCAGCAGCUGGAGGGCCGCCAUGUUCGACAACUGGGUCAGAAGGGACCAUCAACCAGACCACAUGGAGGAUUCAGCUGCAUGGAUCACCAGCUAUAUUCCACAAACCUGGAAACCAGAGUACAAGGGACAGGCCAAUCUGCAUGUCUUUGAGGACUGGUGUGGCAGUUCUACAGCUGAGCUCCGCAAGAACCUGCACUACCCGCUGUAUCCUCAUACCAGGACUACAGUGCAGAAGCUGGCCGUCUCUCCCGGCUGGACCAACUAUGGGCUCAGGAUAUUUGGCUAUCUGCAUCCAUAUACUGACGGAGAGUUUGUGUUUGCUUUGAGCUCUAAUGACAACUCUGAACUGUGGCUCAGCACAGAUGAAUCUCCCCUCAACUUACAGUUACUGGCAUGGGUUGGAAAGACUGGCACAGAGUGGACUGCGCCUGGUGAGUUUGUGAAAUAUGCCAGUCAGAACUCCAGACCAGUUAGGCUGUCUGCUGAGAGGAGGUACUUUUUUGAAGUUAUCCAUAAGCAGGACAACAAAGGGACUGACCAUGUGGAGGUGGCAUGGCAGCUCCUGGACCAAGGCUUCAGGUUCAUGGUUAUUGAAUCCAAGCACAUUUCCCUCUAUGUUAAUGAGUCUGCCUUGUUAAUGAGUGACGUUGCACAUAUACCACAGACGGCUGCAAGCCACCAACACAUCCCCACGAAACAGCACGAUUCUGCAGCAGACAUUAUGAGGGAAGACCCACGAGACUCUCUCUACAAAGUGCCUUUGAUAAACAGCAAGUUCCUACAAGGUAUUUUGCCGGACUGCUCGUACAAACCCAGCUACACUAUCAAAGACUUUCCUCUGCUCCGCUACCAAGGACUGCAGUUUGUCCACAUGUCCUACAUCUACCCCAAUGACUACACCAGACUCACCAACAUGGAGUCGGAGAACAGCUGCUUCUACCCCAAGAGCCCCUACUACAUGAAGAUGCUUGAUUUCUCUAGAUAUAUGAGACUAGACCAUCCUGAUAUGCGGGAAAAAGGAAACAUAGAUUUUGGGUUCCAGAGGAGGAAAUCAGUCCUAUAUGAAGAGGAUGAGUUUAACAAUGAAGCCUUUCAGAGUGAUAUGGAGGUCAGGUCAGACCAGAUAGACAACGCACUUUUUCCAGACUAUGGAGAUGAUUAUGAUGAUUAUGUUCAGAAACGCAGACGCAAACUCUUGUCCUUACCCAUACAAGGAACUAACAACACACUGAACUCUUCUGACACCAGACUGCACAUAGAUGAGUUGCAGAGGAGGCAAGGCCAAAGCAAUGUCUCACAGCCAGAGAAACCAGAUGAGCUGCUAUCAGAGCUAACACAACUCUCGAAACGUCACCUGCAAACAAACCAGACAGAGUUAAAACUUGGGGGCUCAGUUAAAAAAGUAGAACAGAUAAAACCAAAACGAAAAAGACUGAUAAAGAGACAAAUGGUAAAAUCAGUAAAGACAACUGUGACACCAAGACAGACAAAUCCACUGAUACCAGUGGGCAAAGAGCAGCUUAAAGCAAAGGAACGACCAGUACUCCCAGUAGAGCAGCUCAACUAUAAACAGCAUCAGAUCCAGAGGUCUCAUAAAAUGAAUCAAACCCAAAUCCAGAGAAUCAACCACUCUAAGCAUCAACCUUUAGAGAGGAAUGCUCCUUUGGCCGAAAAGCCUACAGUGGCCAAGCAGCAGAGGAUUGUAACCAGAGAAGUGAAGUCUCAGCCAAGCAUUAACGAACAUUUUACCACUCCCAAAAGAGACAUCCACAGCUCUGUACUGAGGUUAACGCGAAGCGACAUAGAAACCAGAAAACGCUACAGGGAUAAGGAGAUAGCAAUGAAUAUGCCUCUGCAGCAGGAUUUAGAACGUAGCAUCCACAGAGCUAAGAUGAUCGCUGAUCGCAGAGACAAGAUGGACAAAAAGUGGUCGGAUACGAAAGGAGAGGAGGACCAAGUGGGAAAGGAGGACAAGGUUCGCAAGACAGCUGAGAACAGGAGAGACACCAGGGAGGGUGGGAAAGACUACCUAUGGGGACCAGGAGGAGACUUUGAAGUUGCAGACGAUGAGACCCUUACCCCUGCGCCAGUGUUUGACACUGAGGUUAACUGGAGCCAGACCUUCCAGGUCAACCACCUGGACCUUCAGGCACGGCGUUCAGAUUCUAUCGACCUGCACUGCAACGUCUCGGGCAACCUGCUGCUCGACUCCAGUGAUGUUCUGCCCAUUGUCAAGGCUUUCAUGGAGCAACUCAAUGAGAAGCACCACGGGCGGUUCACAUUGGAGCGUGUGGUUAACGUGGUGAAGCGCGUGGAUGGGGUCCAGGGCAGCCGCUACCUUCUGGAGCUGCAGCUGAAAGAUGUGAAUGGCCAGCUGCUGCGUCUGUCACAGUACAUCUACACCUUGAUUCGCCACAGCAGGCAACGCAGCAGGGACUUCCGUUUCAAACAGCCGAAAUCUGAGCCGGUGCUGUGUAACCCGGUGGGCCUCCGCUGGAAUCCUGUUGCCACCGUCCACUUCGUAGUGCCAGUGAAAAACCAGGCUCGAUGGGUGCAGCAGCUGAUUGCUGACAUGGAGAAACUGUUCAGAGAAACUGGAGACACCAACUUCAACCUCAUCAUCGCUGACUACAACAGCACUGAUAUGGACGUGAGGAAGGCUCUACAGAAAUCCUCACUCCCCAGGUACCAAUAUGUGAAGCUGAGUGGAAACUUUGAGCGCUCUGCUGGUCUGCAAGCAGGGAUCAACCUUAUAAAUGAUAACCACAGCAUCGUCUUUCUGUGUGACCUCCACAUCCACUUCCCGCCCUUUAUUAUCGAUACCAUCAGAAAACACUGUGUGGAGGGGUAUAUGGUCUUUGCUCCCAUAGUCAUGAGACUGAACUGCGGCGCUACGCCAUCAGAGGCCAGAGGUUACUGGGAGGUGAAUGGUUUUGGCCUACUGGGAAUCUAUAAGUCAGAUCUGGAUGCGGUGGGAGGAAUGAACACCAAAGACUUCACAGAUCGUUGGGGAGGAGAAGACUGGGAGCUCCUCGACAGGGUCCUCCAGGCAGGACUGGAAGUAGAGAGGAUCUACUUGAGGAACUUCUUCCACCACUAUCACUCUAAACGUGGCAUGUGGAACCGGCGGAUGUCACACAGCCACAGGUGACCUUGCCAUCCGCCGCUGCACAGUGACAUUGCCACGGUUACAACCACAGCAACCAGAGCACUUUAAGGCCGAAGCAUGACUCACGCUACAUAAUUUUAAUACCAGCAGCAACUUUACAAGUGGCAGCAGUCAAGGUCAUCGCUAAGGAGAUACUACUGAUGCUACACUCUUUUUAUUUCACUGGAUGUACUGUUGACUACUGAGAUGGUACUGGCUGAUGGGUGCCACUGACCGUGUGAUAUUAUAUAUGAAGAUACUGCUGUGCACCGUGUUGCCGACUGAGACCAUGAUAAUCUGCACUACCAGCUGCCAAGACCUGAUCUGAUCCAAAGACAAAACGUAAAUUAAAUGGCAGUGCACACUCCAAGGAUGCAUAAACACAAGUGUCCUGUAACACAGAGAUCACAAUUCUUGCACAUGAGUCUUAAUUGGAGAAAAAAAAAAAAAAAUUGUGUGUGUAACAAAAUGAAAUAUAUGUAUUUGUCUCCAGAUUAUGGAUAGGGUAAACACAGCCUUAUUUGUCAUGUUGUAAAUUAUCAACACUUUAUAUUUAUUAUGUCAAUGUUGGUAGGAUUUUUUGUUUGUUUGUCUUCACUUGUGGCCUCCUUUAUUUGUUCAUGUCUAUAUUAAAUGUGCCUUCUGCUGUGACUGCUAUUCAGGUACUGAGCCCUCAGUGAAUUUUACAGACAGGUCAGGAAAAACUUAAAACUGGUAAAAUAAUUAAAUAUUUAAGGGAAGGAUAAGUCCAUUUUAAAACAUGACUUGGGUUUAGAUAUGUUUGUGUAACCAGCUCAUAUUCUUGAAUUUAAUUGCUGUUGUUCAAAAGAAUAAUUGUUCAGAUGAAUUUAUGAAUCUACAUUUUCUUCACAGUGAAAUAUUGUUUUCACUGUCAACACUGUGACAGUAAAACACAGGAAUUGUGGUGGGUGAAAAAUGAUCUUGUAUUUAUGUCAUUUUAUGUUGUUAUUUAAGACAAAACUAAUGGCAGCAUUUUCAGAUUUGUUCACAUUCCAGUUUAACAAACGCUUUUCUCAGUCAUUUGAAACUGAUCCAUGUUGAACCAUUUCACUUGUCAUUUAGGGCUAUGAAAACACAACACAUUUCUGGUCCAGACAUUGCUGAUGGUUUUAUUGCCAAGAGUUGUGUAAUGUUUUUUUUUUCUUUCUACCAAAGCAGUCAAGCUUUUUUCUGUUACUCUUAAUCUCUCUCUUAUAUUUGGUUGUUUUUAGAUAUACCUCAUCUCUCUUAAUGCUAGGAGUUAACCUUUGCCUUGGUGUAUGGUACAGGAGUCUCUUCUCUCAGGGACAGAUUUUUUUCCAUUUUACACUGCCUUGAAAAGUCUGAGGAAUAUGUUUCUCCAAAAAAUGUUUAUGUUCCAUUUAUUUUUAUUUUGCUGCAUAGGAUUUUUAAUAGCUACCAUGCUAUUCAGUUAGUGGGAAAAAAAAUCCAUCUGAAAUUACAGAACUGAACUAUUCUGGCUAUUCAUUUCAUGUCAUUUCAUGACAACAAAAA